UUGACCAUUAAUUCGGAAUUUGAGAUAGUCUCGUUACAAUGGCCAUGAAGCUCGUUUACGUUCUGAUACUUAUUCCUUUGGUCUCGGCCGAGCUAGAAACUUUGAAUAUUGCUGAGAGAUUUGCGGGUGCUAAUAUAAAUGCUCUAAUAGAUCAUUAUAUUCCUCAAAUUUCGCAAUUUAUAAUCGAUCAUGGCCUGGACCCCCUCAAGCUCCCGCCAACUACGAAAAAAUUGUGGAUGAAUCUUCCACAAACUUCGAAGUAUGUCGAACCAGUUCCAUACAAAGCUGACCUCUCUUUGCACUCUGGAAUAUUGAAACAUUUGUCCGACUUGAAGCGUUAUGGCGACGCUACUAUGAAUUACGAAGAUAAAUUAUUUAAACUGAAUAUUGGCUUCGAAUUUAAAGAAUUAGAGGGCCUCAUUUUAGCUUCAACAGAAAAUGUACGCGCCAAAUUUUGCGUCUCAUACAACAUAUCGAAUAAAUCUUUAUCUCUCGAUGACUUCGACUUGCAACUUCCAAGUCGCAUUAAAGUUACAAUCAAAAAUAAGAAAGGAAAUGUGAGUCAUAUAAAAACAUUCAUCGUAAAACUCAUAAUUCCAUUCUUUAAGAACACUCUUGUGGAAACUAUUCAGAAGGAAGGGGCAAAAGCAAUUCAAAUGUACCUCGAU